GCCCCGCCCGCUCCCUCGGAAGCCCGGGAGGCCGAGGCGCCUCCUGGCGGGGUGCGGGGGGAGGGCAGUAGAGCCACCCGCCCCCUUGGAGCCGGGGAGACGGCCGCUCCUGGGCUGGUGCGCCCCGAGCUCAGCGCGCUCAGCGGGAUCGCAGGCGGGAGCGGUCGGUUAAUGAUUUAAUCGCCCGCUUGGGGCGGGUGCGCGCGGAUCGGCCGUCCCUGGCCCCGCCCCCUCUCCGGAGCGCCCCCAGCCGGGGUUACAAAACUGCCCCCUGCCCCCGGCGCGUUCCCCAGGAGCCAUCCUGCCCGCGGGGAUCCCGUCAGCCGCCUUAUGAUCUCCUCAUUGCGUCCCCCUCUGCCCACUGGACUUGGACUUCGGAUCUGACCCCAGACCUGCCGGCUACCUCGGGAGGGCCCACCUCCCCGCCCAUCCAGCAAGAUGCCAAUCCUCAAGCAACUGGUGUCCAGCUCGGUGCACUCCAAGCGCCGUUCCCGAGCGGACCUCACGGCCGAGAUGAUCAGCGCCCCGCUGGGCGACUUCCGCCACACCAUGCACGUUGGCCGGGCCGGAGACGCCUUUGGGGACACCUCCUUCCUCAAUAGCAAGGCUGGCGAGCCCGACGGCGAGUCCUUGGACGAACAGGCCUCCUCUUCAUCUUCCAAACGCAGUCUCCUGUCCAGGAAGUUCCGGGGCAGCAAGCGGUCACAGUCGGUGACCAGGGGCGAGCGGGAGCAGCGUGACAUGCUGGGCUCCCUGCGGGACUCGGCCCUGUUUGUCAAGAAUGCCAUGUCCCUGCCCCAGCUCAAUGAGAAGGAGGCCGCGGAGAAGGGCACCAGUAAGCUGCCCAAGAGCCUGUCAUCCAGCCCCGUGAAGAAGGCCAAUGACGGGGAGGGCGGCGAUGAGGAGGCGGGCACGGAGAAGGCAGUGCCCCGUCGGAAUGGGGCCGCGGGUCCCCAUUCCCCUGACCCCCUCCUCGAUGAGCAGGCCUUUGGGGAUCUGACAGAUCUGCCUGUCAUGCCCAAGGCCACGUACGGGCUGAAGCAUGCGGAGUCCAUCAUGUCCUUCCACAUCGACCUGGGGCCCUCCAUGCUGGGUGACGUCCUCAGCAUCAUGGACAAGGAGGAGUGGGACCCCGAGGAGGGGGAGGGUGGUUACCAUGGCGAUGAGGGCGCCGCUGGCACCAUCACCCAGGCUCCCCCGUACGCCGUGGCGGCCCCUCCCCUGGCAAGGCAGGAAGGCAAGGCUGGCCCAGACUUGCCCUCCCUCCCCUCCCAUGCUCUGGAGGAUGAGGGGUGGGCAGCAGCGGCCCCCAGCCCCGGCUCAGCCCGCAGCAUGGGCAGCCACACCACACGGGACAGCAGCUCCCUCUCCAGCUGCACCUCGGGCAUCCUGGAGGAGCGCAGCCCUGCCUUCCGGGGGCCGGACAGGGCCCAAGCUGCUGUCUCAAGACAGCCGGACAAGGAGUUCUCCUUCAUGGAUGAGGAGGAGGAGGAUGAAAUCCGUGUGUGAGGCGGACAGUGGGUGGCCACCGGGAGCUCUUGGCUGCAUCUUCUCCCUGCCCCCACCCCACUAUGACCUUUGACCCUACGGCGCAGGGGCAGCCAGGACCCUUGAUUCAGACCGUGGACCCUGGACCUUGUAGAUGAGGGACACUGGCCUGGCCCUCGGGUCUUCGGAGGACGUAGGGGGCUGGCAUGGGUGCCGACUGGCUGCCUGACUUCAUCACGCUCCCUGCACUUAGGCUGCGUGGGACAAGGGCUGUGUUGUCGCAGCAGGAAUAGGUUUUCCUCUGUUGGCCUCCCUUUCCUCCACCCUGGCCUCAAAUGGAUGCCAGAUGCCAACCCCAGUUCCGGCCACGUGCAGCCAGCGGGUCAGCCCAGAGGCAGCCUCAGCUCCAGGGCUAAGGACUCUCGGCUCCCCUUUUCUCUGCUGGCGUUUGUGCUGUGCCCAGCAGUGGCUGCUGGGGAAGCAGCUGCAGCAGGAGGGAGAUGGUCUUGCCUCUCAGCCUCUCCCUGCCCCACCCCAGCUCCUGCCCUGGAAAUCUGGAGCCCCUUGGAGCUGAGCUGGACGGGGGGGGCCAGCUGCGAGCAUGUGCACUAAACGCAGCCCUUUCCAGGGGAAGAGAGCAGGAUGGAGAAUGGAAGGAAAGCCCCCCAGGCUUCGUGAAUUGCAAGAAGGGACCCUUCCAGGAUGACACUAGGAACAGGGCUAGGGCACUCGCUCAGUCCCUAGGGGCUUGUUUGUUCUUUAUUAUUAUGUUUAAAUCCUUAUAGAGCAAUAUCAGGAUGGUGUUAAUAGGUCUGCCUCAGAAUGAGAAUCAAUCCUUUUAGAAAACCUUUAUACUAAGCCUCCUCUUCGAAAUUCACAGUGGCGAUUAGUGGACUGGAGUCUGGGGACAUCCGUGGCAAAGACACCAGCUCAACUUUAGUGCUUCCCAACUUUAUUUAGAAUGACAUGGGGUGGGUGUCUGGUGUGUGUGUUUUCCCUACGCACCUCCCAUAGCUAUUAACAACUGAGGAAGGCCAGUGUAGAACAUUUUUGGAGAACGAUUUUUUUUUUUUAAAUAAUACAUCAUUCCUAUGGGGGAAAAGCCUUUUUUUUCUUUUUUUUCUUUUUGGCUGAGUUAUUCCCUCCCCCCCCCAAUACCCUCAGUACUGACUACUUCCCUUUCCUUUCUCAGGCCUCCCCCCACCGACUUUUGAGGCCAGGGUUGGCCAGAUUUAGCAAAACCAAAACAGAGUGCUGAGUUAAAUGCAAAUUUCAGGUAAACAAAAGAUAAUUUUCUAGCAUGAAUAUGCCCCACGCAAUAUUUGGAACACUUAUGUGAAAAAUGAUUUGUUUUUCUGAAAUUCACGUUUUUCUCUGAGUCCUGUAACUGUCCCCGAGGGGAUUGAGCAGAAGCUCGGGUAUGAGCCCUGAGGUUGACUGCCAGUUAUUUUUCUGUCCUGGGAACAGCCUGACCCACCUCCCUGUCUCCAUGUAGCCAGUUGGGGGAGGGGGAGACACAGAACCAACCACAGCCAGGGGCGUCCCCAUGGCGACUCUGGCCCGGCCCCUCCUCUCUUGCCUGACUCUCCUCUCUUGCCUGACUCUAGACACUAACUUAGUUCCUGGUUCGGUGCCCUGUUGGUGCUCCUGUUUCCAAUAGCUUAGGUCCCAUGGUGGGAGAGGAACCUCAGGGGCUAUGCAGCCCCCGCCAGCUGCCCUCGAAUCCCAUCCAGGCCAGUUCCAGAUUCUAAACUGAUUUUUUUCAUGAUAUUGUCAAAACAGUGAGGAAACAUUAAAAAAAAGCCCUAAAGCA